AUGAGAAUCUGUGUUUUCCAAUCGGCUUUCGUAGGGCCCAAUCAGAUUGAAGAUCAUAGUCCUAGCCAGGACCCAAGCAACUUCACUGAUCAGCAUACAUUCGAAACCGUCUGGAUCCACAAGAACACGGCAAAUCAAGAGAUAGAUGAGGCCAUUGCUAAAGGCUAUGAUUUCUACUUCAACUUCAUGUGGGGUCAGCGUGAAGACAAUGUAGCAGGGAUCGAGGCAUGCAAAUAUUUCGAAAGCUUUGACCUUCCAUCCAUUGGCCAACGAAGUACUGUUCUUGAACGUACCAAGAAUGACUUCUAUGAGGAUGCUCGCCGGUUGGGCUACCCUCGGGUCCCUGGUCCCAGUCUCACUGCUGAUACCAAGAUCCCUCAGUACCCCCUCUUCGUGAAGCCAGCUAGUAGUUGUGGGAGUAUGUUCAUUUCGCCGAAGUCACGAUGUCGCAAUCGUGAAGAGCUGGUUGAAUGCCUGGCAUAUCUCGAUAAAGAAUUAGACGCCGGGCGAGCAGAGGCUGCGCUUUCGCGAAAGACGGGAGCUACCGUACCACCGACAAUAAUAGAUGGUGUCUCUAUCCCUACCGACUUAGUAGUACAGGAAUACAUUUCUGGGUGGGAUCAUUCCGUUGUUGUUAUCGAGGUCGGUGACUGUCCUGUCGCCUUGAAUCCUGAACGAUAUGUCUAUCCUCAAGGAUUCAAACCAUACGAAGAUUUCCUCACCUUCGAAAUUAAAUUUCACGACGAAACAAGCGUAACACUCCUUGACUACGAAGAGGAACCAGUGCUCUUCAAAAAACUCCAAGAGGUCGCCAUUCAGGCAUGGAAUGCCAACAGAAUGGCUGGCCAGAGCUGGGGAAAUGUCGAUAUCCGUGUUCCACCACCCGGUCACGGAGAACCCGUCGCCCUUGAAGUUAAUCCGAUGCCAGCCGUCUUUCUACCCCCUCCAAAAGAGUGGGAAGACUUAGCCGUCCGUUUAUCCUUCCCAGGAGGACACCCAGCUUUGAUAAAUACUCUGAUCGCUAGCCAGAUGUUGAGACGACGGGCACGCGAGCCGACUUCCAAGAUUGUAGGAGAGGUUUACGACAACUUAAGCUCUAAGUACGAUGAAAUUGUACAUUCGGCGGCUAACUCGCAAUAUGGUGGCUUCUUCGACAUGGCAAUCGCUCGUAUAGGGAAGUCUGGAGGCACAAUUCUCGAUGUCGGCUCGGGCACCGGAUUAUUCGGCCGCGCAUUGAGGCAAAAAACGCAACAGAUAACCCCUCCAGAGUCAGAGUCGGACUCCGGCUCAGAUAACGAGGCACAAAAGUUAUCAUUGGAAUCAAGACCCAAGCUGCCGCGAGAAUGCAUUAUUACCGGUAUUGAAUUAUCCAAAGGAAUGGCUGAGAUGUGCGAGAAAACCGGCGUCUACAAUAAGGUCCACAUCGGCCCCGCGCAGUCUCUUAUCACGAGCAUCGGAUCCUUCGACCACAUUGUCAGCUUUUCGGUACUGUAUUUCUUAACACCCGAGGAGUUCACCAUGACAAUGGUGCGGGCAUUCCAACUUGCUCGGAAAUCGCUGGCGGUGAGCCUCGAUGAGAUACCGGAGUCUUAUACCAAUAAGCUCAUUGAGAUGGGACCACCACAUUCGCAUAUGAUCGGGCACAAUCACUUGCCCAUUAUGGAAAAAAUGUUCUGCGAUACGCCACCUGCUGGGUGGAAGUUAGUCGAUAAGCAUCGGCAAUGGGGGUGGAAAUCGCCAAUUGCGGGGUCUGAGGUUUAUGUAACUUUAUAUUCUUUCGAGCGACUAGCUUGA